AGUUGGCAGCUGGAAGAGGGAUAUUUCUAACUUGAUACUUCAAAUAUUGUGAUCGACAACACACGACUACUCCAUACUGACAAUACAGAAAACUUGUUUAUUGGGCUUCCCAUAUUUUUACAUGACUUUAGGCAAAUGUAUGUUCCAAAAUGUACAUGCCUAACAUCUUCACAGUUAACUAUCAGUUUAUUUGUACUGAGCUGAGUCUAAAUACCCAUACGUGGAUCUUUUCUUCCCCUGGUAAAAGCUUGUUAGUAUGAACUCUAAACCGUUUUAGUCAUGCAAACGUCAACAGUGAGAAACUUUAACAAUCUCCGCAUAUACAAAAGCAAACAGCUUCCUCCUCCUGUGGAACUUAGCAACAGAGAUACUGCCAAGUAAGCACUGGAUCAUUGAUUAAACUCAGAUGCUUGUUGCAUCUGUUAUCCUUUUGUAAGAUCUCCUGGAGAUUUGAGUUUUGCCUAAAACAAAUCAGAAAGUUUAAAAAAAGUAGAAAUAGAUUCACUAAAGCAACUGAGAAAUACCUACAGAAAAUUGGACACAAAGGCUACACUGCAGGAGUAAAGGCAAAAGAAAGGCCAAUAAGACUGUCGGGGUUCGCUAGAAUAUUAUGGCUCAUCUGUUUACUCUAUAUCUUUUAGUGGGUUUACAUGCAAUGAGAGAAUACUGAAUCAUUAUCUCUGCUAGGCAUGUAAGAAAAUAUCGAUAUAGCAAUAUAUUGCGAUAUUUUUUCCUGUGAUAUGAUAUCGAUGUUCAAAAGCUGUGUAUCAAUUUUUUUGGGAAGAAUUCACGUGUAAACAUUUGUGUAUUUUCUUUUCUUUUGGUGCAAAUCAAAUGUCGUCUGCUAGUCAGCAGUAGUGUGCAAUGGAGUUUGUUUCCACCACUGAAAUGUAAAUCCCUCUGUUAUGGUUCAGAUACCUCAUGUUAAUCAUGUCAAGUAUCAGUUUGGACCAUUUAUUGAAUUUUCCUACAAUAAUUUUAGUCUAAAAAAAAUCGCUAAUAUUGUCUGACUGAAUGUAUCGCAAUAUAUCGUGAUAUAUCAUAUCAUCUCCCCUGUAUCGUGAUAAGUAUUGUAUCGCCAGAAUUUCGCCAAUACACAUCCCUAAUCUCUGCUGACUAAAUUCAGACUUUUGAAAUUCAUAUAGACACCAAGUCAAAUCAAGCUAAGGUACCUAGAUAAUGUGUGUAGAAAACUGAAUUUCUCUGCAUGUUAACAAUAUCCCAGCUUAGCCGAGCUAUGGCCGGCCUGGGCACUCCAUACCGGAAGUAACGAGACCAUGAAGGCAAGAAUAAAUAUAUUGCAUACAACCAACCAGCUGUAAGUCAACUCUUCGUCAGGACACGUGCUGCUGAAUUUUGUAAAAGUUGUAGACCUGAAGUCCUCCUUUUAGGAAGACCAGAAAGCAGGGCAUUACAGUAGUCAAUUCUACCGGUGAUAAAAGCAUGCAUCAGCGUCUCUGUGUUCUAAACAUCUGUCAAAAGAGACGGAGAACCUGAGCUUGUGAUUCUCCAGGACGCCGCUUCCUUUAAAUUCAUCAACAGCAUCGCCAUUGCCCCCUCAAAAAAAAAAGUGAGCCAAAGAAAUCUGGUGGCAGAAAUGGAGCAGCUUAAACAAUCCCUCACGGAAAAAAGAUGAACGCUUGUUCACUCGUGACUGGAGAAGUAUAAAGCAUAAAGCAAGCGUUUUAUUCGUGGAUAGAAACUACGGGAAACGUGGGUUUAGAUGUUGCGAGUGCAUGAAGAAGUGGAGGAAAAUAAGGGACAAAUUGGUUCAUGUUAGAAAGUCUCUGAAAUGCAAAAAAACCCCUAUAAACAGUAAACACUAUAGUAAAUGCACUAUCUUGGACUGGAUACAUACGAUUUGAGUAUGGUUAGAGGAAGUGGGGCUCCUCGUAUCACAGUAUGGCAGUCUCCCUCUCUUUAAAGGUCCGGUCUGGUCUGGGGUGGGGGGUGCUGGUGGUCUGGAGGCCACAAAGAGGGGCCCUCGGGCGUAUUGAGUACUACUUACCUAGACAGCAGUUAACCGCUUAACAUUGUACAUCCCUUUUACGGAGUACUGUCAGUCUGGUGACCCUUAAGCCUGGUUUAUGCUUCUCCGUCAGCUCCGCAAGGGACAGACACGCACGGAUUGACGGAAGCGUUUUGCUCUUUUACUUCUCCGUCUCCUGGAGAGUGUUGCAAAGCAAUUGCCCGGCAGGACAACAGAGGGCGUAGCGCUGUUCUGUGGUAUCCUGCCAUGUAGAUAGUGUGUUUAUAUUGUAUUUUUUGUGUAUAUAAGAGACUUUUAACAUGGACAUUUUUGUCUCUCAUUCUCCUCUAUCUCUUCAUGCGCUCCCCACCUCUAAACCCACGUUUCCUGUCAUCUCCGUCCACAAAUAAAACGCUUGCUGCGCAUCUUUUCACUCCUCCUGUCACGGGAGAAUUAAACGUUCAUAUUUUUAGAGUUUUUUCGCAAGGUAUUCUUCAAGCUUCUCCGUGUCUGCCGCUAGUUAUCCUCGGCUCUCUUUGCAAUGGCGGCGCUGUAAACAACAGCGGCGUCCUGACCAAUCACAAGCUUGCGUAAUCCGUCUCGUUCGACGGAUGUUUAAAAAAGUGGGCUCGACUCCGUACGUACUUGCAUGCCUGCCUGAGCCCUAUGCAAGGACGGAUAAUGGCGUUGCGUGUCUCCGCACUGACGCAGACGGAGAAGCAUACAUCAGGCUUUAGACAGCAGCUGAAGACCCUUUUAUUUAAAUGUAGUUCAUUUGUAAACCUUUUGUGUUUUUCUUCCUUUUUUUUUUACUUGAAUUUAAAAUCAUCUUUCACUUGUUUGUAAUAUAAAUAAAAUUUACUUACUUAAAAAUGUGCCAUUUGCCAGACUAACUCAUAGGCAUAAAAAUACAUUGCUGAUAAAAAAAAAAGAUUGUUGAAGUUCUCGGACUGUCGGCGAUGGUCAGCAAAUUUGUCUGUUGCCCAACCGUAAUGCCAAUGUAAACGCACUAUCUGUGUCAAUUUCAUACAGCACAUCAAAGUUUUCACAGUUUAAAUAGUUAUGGGAGUGAAAAAGUCUAUAAAACAUAAAAUGUAAUUAAGAAACAAAUAAGUUUAUACAAUUACAAAAUGCAACCAAAAGCUAGAUUGCUCCUGCUGUAGUGUAGAAGCUUAGAGAAUUAUGGAAACGUGAAACUUUUGCAAAAUUUGAAUCCUAAUUGUCCACAACUGUGUCGAACAGUUUACAGAUUUCAAAUAACAUGUACUUUUUCAUCAGUGCAGGAGCAUCAUGCAUUUAGUGUUUUGUGUUUUAAUGGCAUGCGGCAGAGCCUCUCGAGCGGUAUUCUGAACUUCCGGUGUGCUGUAGUGGUUUUGAUUUGAGUCGGUUCAGUUGUUUUGCUGCUUAAAAGGAAAGAAAGUGAGCUUGUUUCAGAUAGAUCAAGAACGCUUUUGCUCUUGCUCCAAAUUCAGGUGUUGCAAAUGUUUUCCACAACAACAAAAUCAUAAUGUCAGAUUUCUGAAUGUCUCUUUUGUAAGAAGAAUAAAAAGGCAGACAGACAGUGGUUGCUAAUGACGAGUCAGUCUGAAUAGUUUCUGAUGGUGUGACAUGAUGUGAUGGACUUUUACAUGUAAGCAACACUAAGGUUGAAGGGAUAUUCUUACACACACACACACACACACACACACACACACACACACACACACACACACACACACACACACACACACACACACACACACACAGCUUGCUUGUUUUUAACAGUUGCCUUUGUAGGUCGUGUUUUUUUUAAUUUCCUCUAAACAAAAAUCCCAUCCUCCUUUGAGAGACCUGCUUUAAGAGCAUUUGCGCUCGGCUUUUUCCCUGAUCACGGUUCACAACCAGAGCCAAAUUCAAACAUAGCAUUCUUUUUUUCUGUGUCAGUGUGAAUAAACCAACCCGGUUGGAGGGAGAAGGAGGAGGAGGAGGAGGAAUAUGGGGAAGCGUUACGCUUUUCCCAUAAGCAGUCGGCCAGCUCCUCCCCCUCUGGCUUCCAGCUUGCAUCAGAGCGAAGCAGCAGAGACGGAGAAACAUGAAGGACAAAUAGAGCACCUAGUUUCUGUAGAUCAGGCUUCUCAGAGCAGAUCCACGGGAGCGUGAGAGCGCUUCAGCCUGGUACAUGUCAAGUAGGUGUUUAGAUUACUCCGCCUCGUGCACACACACAGUUUUUUGGUGGUUAUGUUUGUUGCAGGUUUUUUUCUCAACUUCCUUUCCACAUAACUUUGACAGGGUGUGGUAGGACAGCAUUGUGAUACGGAAGUAACAGUUGUUCUAGAUAGACUGUACAUGAAGUCGGCCAACAAGACCCUUCCGAUGAAAUGGCGGUGAGUCAGAGGCUUUUUAAUUCUACGUCUCCGUUCUCCGACUCACCCAAAGCCGAGGUGAAGGGGUCUUACCCAUCCUGCUCCAGCGUAGAGCAGGAGACGGAGGAGGGAAAAGGCCCCAAAAAUGGCUCCGUGCGCAUAAAAGAAUGGGUUAGUAAACUCCUGACACAUGGGACGGCGGAGACGGUGGGAGAAGAGCCCAUAAAGACCUCAACCAUCAUCGCUCAGGCUGAAUGCGAAACCCAGGACUCCCAGGAGUUCAGUCCUUCUUCUCACGAACGCAGUUAUGUUCCCUCUCCAAAUUGUUUCAUUAGCAGUCUUUCUUCUGAGCACAACAAUGUGGCAUGUCCAGCUCCAGCCUCCAUCCGGCAGCCAAGCUGCUCGUCGGUUAGUUUCACACAGAGAAAGAAGAGCCGGAGGAAACCGAAGAGCAAAGGGAGGAAAAAGCAGGAGAAGAGGAAGGAGACGCAGCGGCAGAGACAUCGAACGCCCUCUGGAGUCCCUGAACAGGAGAGCGGGAGUUCUGUAGGCCUGAUCCAGGAGGAAUUGUCCCUGAGUGGGAGACGCGAGCUCAGCGCGUCCUGCUGCAGCAGUGUCGAGAGCCUGGUGGAGCAGGAUCAGACACACACUCUCUACACCAGACCAGCCUUCAACACCGACUCCAGCUGUGCUGUUCUGAACUGGCCUAACUCGAGUUUGCGCCGGAUCUCCAGCCUCCACUCCUAUGAGGAUGACAGAAGCUCAGACUCCCUCAGCACUCUGGGAAGCUGCUCCCUCGCCCUCGCCGGCCUGAGAGGCAGCGUCAGCCAGGCCGACCCCUGCUAUGCAGGACCCUUCUUCAGAGAUGUGGAAAAUGACGUAAAGGAGAGUGAAGACGAGUUCUCCGCAGACGAUUCACAUCGCAACGAAGGAAUCAUUUUUUUUAAUGAAAAAUUUCAGCUUGUGGACUCUGAGUACAAAGAAGGCAGUGAGUACAUCCUGUCACAUUUUAUCAAACAAGGCUCUUAUGGAGAAGUACACGGCGCUCGAGAUGCCCAAACAGGAUUCGAAUUUGCAGCCAAAAAGAUCGCCCUGAAGAGGUUCAGCAGUGAGGAGGUGGGUGCGUGGAGUGCCCUCAGAUCUCCUCGUGUGGUGGAGCUCUUCGGAGUCAUCCGAGACGGGCCCUGUGUUGUCCUUCUGAUGGACCAGAAGUCUGGCUCCUUGGGCCAGCUGAUAAUGAAGCGUGGCCGACUGCCUGAAGAUCUAAGUCUGCAUUACGUCUCUCAAGUCCUAACAGCACUGGAGUACUUGGUGAAGAAGAAGGUGGCACAUUUAGAUAUUAAAGCUGAUAACGUGUUGCUGUCAGAAGAUGGAAAGGACACCUUCCUGUGCGACUUUGGUCACGCAGAGAAACUGGACAGUCAGGGGCAGAGCCUCAGAGGGUUGAAGGACCUGAAGGGCACCGAGACCCACAUGGCCCCUGAGAUUGUCAAAGGGGAACCCCGUGGAGCCAAAGCAGAUGUGUGGAGCAGCUGCUGCAUGUUACUGCACAUGCUCAAUGGGUGUGAGCCAUGGACAAGAUACUACACCUGUCGACUCUACCUGAAGAUUGCCAACGAUCCUCCUCCCGUCAGAGAGAUCCCACCUGACUGCAGCCCGCUCACAGCUGAAGUUUUUAAGGCUGGACUCCAGAAGGAUCCCGUUAAGAGAUCAUCAGCAUCUCAGAUGAAAAACAAGACUGACAGAGCUCUUAAGGAAGUUGGAGGUUUUACCAGUCCGGUCAAGGGUCCCUACGCAGAGCCUCUGUAUGUUACCAGUAAAUCAAUGCAGCUCCCUUAUAGCAGCGAUGGCUCUGAGAACGGAGAGCUGCACCCGGAGUCGGCCGACAAAGUGACCACCGCAGAACGGAAGGCUCGGAAACUAAAUCUUGGGAACGAGAAUGAAACCGGCUCACGCGAAUCAAAACAAGGGUUGCUCUUUGGUCCACAAGUGCUGAUUUCUGAGCCGAACCAAAAGUGGGGCAACAAAGUCACCACGUUGCCCGAGCUGGAGCUUCGUAAACUGGAGCGAGACUUUUACCUCAGCAGCCUGUCUCAGCUUCAUUCUGCUGAGAUGCAGGAGCAGCUGCUGUCCUGCAUCAACAGCGACAUUCUCAACUGGGAACCGCUGGAUAAAAAGGACUCUGGCCGCUGGUCCCUCAGCCCAGCAGACGACUUCAGCUCCGGCUUCUUCUCCUACAACAGCCAAUCAGAUGCUCAGGUCUUGAGUACGGAUUUGUUGGGUCAAACACCGUUUCGACCACCCUGGUGUUUUCAAGGUAAGAUAAAAUCCACUAAAAAAACCAUCCCUCCACCUGAUUUACCACACACUGCUCGUGUGUGUUCUGCUGUUGGGUCAGGGGUGGAUGUCUGCAUCAGAGACUUCAGCAGGAGAAGCAUUCGGAUCAGGGAGAAGCGGCGCGUGAAGGUUGGCCACAUCGCCACUGGAAUCAGUGAUCAGAUUUCUGAGCGGGUGUUCACCCUGGAGACCCUUCAGGGUCGGCAGACCGCUCACAACGAGGAGGUGCUGGAAUCCGGACUAGAGCUGCGCUGUGUUCCUGCUCCAGACUUCAGCUCUGCAUGGAGGUGGAGGAUCAGAGACCGGGUGCUGGAGACACGCUAGAGCCCUCCCCGUCGGCUGAAUGUUAAAAGGGUCAUUUCAAAAUACGCUGGAAGGCUUUUAAAAUGUUCCUGCUUUUAUUUCAGUGUGGAGAAAAAGUCUCGUAGUGUUGAACCUGUCUUGUGAUAUUUGAAUGCUGUUCUCAUUGCACUUGUAUUUAACGUAAUAAACACCUUGAAUUAUUA